UUUUUCCAGAGAGAGUGAGAGAAAGCAUCCGUUUCUUUUGUCAAAGUUUCUAGAGUGAGAAACCCAAAACCCAAAAACUUUUCUUUUUUUUUUUUAAUUUAAAAUAUUUUUUAAUGAUUUUCCCCAGCGAAAGAAAGAGAGACAGAGAGAGAAAGCGCCUGCCGCUAAAUUCGGUGGAGAUUUUAGCGGUGCUGCUACCUUGCUAACUUGCACCAGCGCUGCCAACUUGAUUUUGUUAAAUUACGCCGGGCGGCCAUUUUUUUUCCUCCUUGUUUCUGCUCAUUUCUUCCUUGCUUUCACCAUUCUAGAGGGUUUGUUUUUAUUAUAUUGUUGCUGUUUUUGGUUUGGAGUGAAGUGGGUUAAGCUUGAAUUGGCCAAAGUUUCAUCUUUUUGUCUCAAAGGUGUAAUUUUUUUGUUGCAUUAUUGUUGUUUGUGAGAAAAAAAAGAAAAAAAAAUGGGUGACAAUGAAGGGGGAAACACUGAUGUGAUGCAAAGGAUUCAAUCUUCAUUUGGAACAUCAUCAUCUUCAAUUCCUAAACAGCCUUUAUCAAUGAACCAUCUUGAAAUACCUCAGUUGAAUCCUAACCAAGUCGGGGCUGCUAGACAUUUCUCUCAUUUUGGCCAAAUCUUGAACGGUGGUGAUGCAACCAUUAAAAGAGUUGGUAUCCCUCCUUCUCACCCUAACCAGAUCCCACCCAUUUCACCUUAUUCACAGAUCCCCGUGUCCCGCCAAAUCAGCCAGCAAAUGGGUUCUCAGAGUUUUAGUCCGGGGCGUGCUCAUUCUCGGUCUUUUUCUCAACCUUCUUCCUUCUUUUCACUUGAUUCAUUGCCCCCCUUAAGCCCUGCCUCGUUUCGUGAUUCGUCAUCUGUGGCGGUUUCAGACCAAAUUUCUGCUGAUGUGUCUAUGGAAGAUAGGGAUGCAGCUUCUCAUUCUUUGUUGCCACCCUCACCUUUUUCUAGGGGGAGUUCUUCACGGGUUGGAGAGAGUUUGCCCCCUCGAAAGUCACAUAGGCGGUCCAAUAGUGAUAUUCCAUUUGGAUUUAAUCCGAUAAUGCAAUCGUCGCCACCUCUUAUUCCAUUAUGGGGUGCGGGUGGUUUGGAACGAUCGGUGUCUGGUAAGGAAGAUUCGGUAGUGCCUAAGCCAACUCAGUUGGUGAAAAAGGAAACGAGUUGGGAGAGAGUUGCUGAUGGUAAUGUGGAAGGAAUGGAUGAGAGGAAAUCGGAAGGGGAAGUUGUGGAUGAUUUGUUUUCUGCGUAUAUGAAUUUGGAUAAUAUUGAUGCGUUGAAUUCUUCGGGGGCUGAUGAUAAGAACAAUGGUAAUGAGAAUCAUGAAGAUUUGGAUAGCAAAGCAAGUGGAACAAAGACCAGUGGAGGCGAUAUCAGUGAUAAUGAAGCGGAAAGCAGUGUGAAUGAAAGUGGGAACAGCGCAUCACGAGGUGGAAUGAAUUCAACUGAGAAGAGGGAAGGGAUCAAAAGGACUGCAGGAGGAGACAUUGCUCCGAGCUGUAGACACUAUAGAAGUGUUUCCAUGGAAAGUUUUAUGGGGAAGUUGAACUUGGGUGAAGAGUCUCCAAAAUUACCACCUUCACCCGGAGCUCGUCCUGGACAACUCUCGCAUAGCAAUUCAAUUGAUGGGAAUUCAGCUUCCUUUAGUUUGGAGUUCGGAAAUGGUGAGUUCAGUGGUGCUGAACUGAAGAAAAUUAUGGCAAAUGAGAAGCUUGCUGAGAUUGCAAUGACUGACCCAAAGCGUGCGAAGAGGAUUUUGGCAAAUCGUCAAUCAGCUGCCCGUUCCAAAGAACGGAAGAUGAGGUAUAUUUCGGAGUUGGAGCACAAAGUUCAGACUCUGCAGACUGAAGCUACCACAUUGUCUGCUCAGUUAACACUUUUACAGAGAGAUUCGGUUGGGCUUACAAAUCUGAACAAUGAGUUGAAGUUCCGUCUUCAAGCCAUGGAGCAACAGGCACAGCUCCGUGAUGCUCUAAAUGAAGCAUUAACUGCAGAGGUCCGGAGAUUAAAGCUUGCUACUCAAGAGCCAGGUGGUGAUUCCGAGCCCUCUACGGGCAUGGUCUCCCAGCAGCUUUCUGUUAACCACCAGAUGUUCCAGCUACACCUGCAACAGUCUUCCCAGCGUAACAUGCCUCAUCAGUUCCAGCAGCAGCUGCAGCCGCCACCGACCCAACAGCAGAAUGGGAACGCAACUGCAAAAACUGAGUCCAAUCAGUAGCUUGUGACUCUGGGAAGAGUUGAAAAGUCACGAUGCUUCUUUCACUAUGUUAUUAUUCCAUAAUUUCGUCCAUGUGCAUUCAUUCAUUAGUUUUUGAUCUCCAACUUAAAGGAGUUUCUUGGUUGUGGUAAUUAGGGUUCAACCUGCAUCAGAUAUCCAUCUCGGAUCAUGGAAUGAAGUAAUAUACAGCUUGAAUAAUUAUAUAUCGUUUAUGGUCCUAGCUUUUAUUUAUUUAUUUAUGGUAGAUAAUUAUAUUGGAAUGUAAACAUCAAGUUUGACAUGAUUUGUUGCAUUAACAUUGGAAGAGUUAAGACUUAAAAACUCUUCUGUCUUUUGAUUCAUUCCAGUUAAGGAGUUGGGUAUUCCAUUUUUAACUGUUUGCCCGUUGGAUUGUCCGGUUUGUUCCAUCUUGGAUAGCAUUCAAUUUCUGGUUACUAAAGCUCAAUAUUACACCAAAUGAAGUAAACCAAGCUUUGUUUCGUGUCCAAACUCCUUGUAGUCUGGUAUUACACAAAAGAUGUUGGGUUGGGGGGGGGUGGUGAAUUACUAACCGCCUUAAAAAGUCGGC